GAGCUCAUUUAUGUUUACUGUAUUGUUGCUUCGGCAAGACGGCAGAAGGUAGUUUGAUUUGGAUUUUUAUUGACAUUAUGAGAUGCUGACUCGAAGAGUGUGACCAAGCCAGAAGAUAUGGCUUAUAGGCAUAUCAUUAUUGACCUCUUAUUGACCUCAGACCUUCCAAUGACCUCUCACUGACCUCUCAAGGUAACCAACAGAUACUUCUGCCAUCAGCGUUUAUUUACUGACGCAAUGAGUAAUAGUAGUUCCUGGGAGGACAAAACAAAUGUAACAUCAGCCACAUCAACCAGUGGACCACCCCUGAGCCCCGAGAGUCACACCCUCGUGUACAUUCUGGUCCCUCUAGGCUCUCUCUUCUUGGUCAUCUUACUAGCAAUAGUGGUAGUGAUAGUGCUGAGGAGAAGCAAGAUGGAGAGGUUGCGUCAUCAUCUGAUGCCUAUGUACAGUUUUGACCCGGCAGACGAGGACGAGGAUUGGGAGUCUGAGCUGUUAGAGGAUCAGGACAAGGAACAACAGGUGGCCCUCAGGAUAGACAGUCCAAGUCCCACUGGAUCUUCUCAAAGGUAUAACUUCACAUCGAAUCGACGCUGACACAGGACAUCUCUCAGAGAGGUAAUGCUUCACAUCAAAUCAAUUCUGACCCAGGAUAUAUCUCGGAGAGGUAUUACUUCAUAUCAAAUCAACACAGAAUAUCUCUCAUAGUCUAUUAGAAGUAAAACUUCAUUGCCGGACCUCAUACAUUCCUUAAACACUGCUACAUAUCUCACAGGUGAGAUAUUGCAUUCUUUUUUUUAUAUGUUUAACAUAAUUAAAACUUUUUAAUGUGAUAAAGUCAUGCUGGACCCAAAAAUUUACAAUCAUCAUUAUGUAAUUUAAAGUAAUAUACAGAGGAGCCUUGAUAAUCAAACCAUCAUCACCACCAACAAAGGUGGCUUAACCCUUUCACCCCUAGGUAUGUAACUUUAGUAGACUCUACCAUGCAUUGAUAUGGAUAAGUCCAUUACGGUCUACAGUGGUGAAAGGGUUAAUUAAUGAUGAGACGGCUGGAUUACUGGUACAAGCUUGUAUAGAAGAAAGACAUUCUGUACCCUGAAUCACUGGCUUCAUAUUGGGACAGAUUAGUGGUGACUGAAUUAAUGAGGCUCAGCUGUAGUUGCUACCUGAUGUUGUAACUAUGCAUGAACAAUUGUAAUACAGUGUAUUUUAAAGGCCUUAAAAUACUAGUUCCCAGAACCAUCUGUGAAAAAUAUACAGACUUACUUUAGCAGAUUUUUAUGACUUUGACAGUCCUUGUUUAAAUUUGAUUUAGAAACUUGCAUUGGUUGAAGACCAUUUGGUCUUGAUUUUGAUAAAAUGGACGAUGUUCUGUUAAGUAAAAUGAAUAAGAAUGCAAGUCUUUUUAAAGGUUCUUGAUGCCAUAAAUUUUUGAUAUAAUAUCACUUAGAGACACGUCAAAGAACCAUAUACAUUCAGAAAGAUGUAUAGGAGGUAUAGAAGGUAUAGGAGUCCUUGGCUAUGCCCUCCCCCCUAUAUAUCUGAUUGACCCUCUAUUGUUCUAUGGAGAGUUGAUGAGUAACAGAUUUGUAAGUGGUUACUGGAAACCCAAACAUUCUUUUAAGGCCUUAGGUAAUAAUUUUUCCAUUUUAAAGAAACAGGUUGUGAUUUGAGAACAAAUGCUUAGUUUUAGAACUCUUAAUAUCAUGUUUCAUUUAACAGAGGAAAGUAUGAUAUAAAGUGAUGUGUGACAUUAACAGAAAUGAAUCCCCCUUAUCAUGCUUCAGUAGGAAUCAACAUUGUUUUAAUAAGUUUAAGUCUGUACCAUGUGAUGGUUUAGGAAACUGGCAAUUAAAUUUGUAUUAAGAGGAGUAUCAUGUCAAAUCAAAUGAUAUAAAACUAGUUAAACAACCAGCAAUAUAUAUAGAGAGAAAGCUGGUGUUUUAUGAAAGCAUGAUAUUAACUAAAUUGUGACAUUAAGAAACAUGACAUUAAGUGAAUUAUACUGUAAUGUACAAUGUGUAACACAUGAAAUAUUGUUUUUUUUAAAGAUAUUGCAAAUUAAGUCUAAGAUUCAAUUUUUCUUGAGUUUUCCUAUUAAAGAUUACUUGGCAAGUAAAUUAUAAUAUGGUAAAAGUUUUUGGUCAUAUUCUCAAAUUUUGGGAAACCGAUAAUUAUCAUUGAUGAUAUAGACUGUAGAUGAGAAUUGAUCCAUACGUUCAUGAAUCUAUCAACGUAAUUAUGUCAUUAGUGAGUGUCCAGGAGACUUUGUUAUCCAGGUUGUGCAGGUUAUCUGUAUGUUAGCUGGUAUUGUUUCUCCAGAUUGCAUAUACCUAACGUUACUGUGCGGUAAGAUGGGAUAUUCAUUUAUGAUGUAUAUAACCGUUUUGAAUUUUACAUUGUCUUUCAAACUUUUAUCAUGAUCUAUAGUGUUGUUUGUACAUCUAUGAUGUAUUAAGUUGUACAAAUGGUACCAUUGUUUAAUAUGGUACCUGUAAAGUUUUGGAUUUUCUGGACCACUCAUUUUUCAUUGGAAAAUUCAAAUUUAAUGAAUAUUACUUAUGAUUGUUUCCUCAUUACCGAUAAAUGGUAGAUCUUGUACUGGUUACAGAAUCUUCAUUGUAACCUAUGGGUCACAAAGAGAGGUGCAGAAUGUGAAUUCGAAAUUAUCAUUAGAUAUUGUUGUUUAUAUAGUAUGGGUCUUUGCUAAUGAACAUACUCUGAUAUUCACUUUUGUUUCCAAAAGAUCUACACUAAGAAAGUUGUACUGUUUAUUUUUUUUGAUGAUAAUUUGGGGAAGUACUGUGUAUAACCUAAUCAAUAACACAUUUAAAAUGUGCAUGAGACUAGGUGUAUUUUCAAUUGUAUUUUUUUAAGGGAGAUAACUCAAAUGCAAAAUUAAAGUUAUACUGCUAAUAUGUAAGCUAUAGGCAGGCUGUCAUCAGAGCACAGCUAUUUUGUGAUUGCUACAUGAUGAUCAGGUAAAGUAAGAGGGCUAUGUAUACCACCAGAUAUCCUCCUAAAUUCUAGAUGAUGAAUCUAAAUAUUCUUUCACACAUAUUGGACGGUGGUUCUUUACCCAGCAUUUUACAUUACCAGUAUAACUAUGUCUUCUCUGACACAAACCAGUGCCAUAGCACAGAAACCUUCAAAGGUGAAAAAUGUAUUUUUGACAAAAUUAUUUGUAAGUAUGUGCCUACUUGAGACUGACAUAUAUUGUUUAAUGUACCAUAUGUAUUUGAGGGAUAUUACUUGCACGAAUCACAGAUACAGUACAUGUGUAAGGCACAGUUUGGUACUUGUGUUUGUAUAUCAUUGACUCUAACACAAGUCAUAGGGAUGUUGACUCUAACACAAGUCAUAGGUAUGUGCAUUGUGUAAUGUAUAUUUCUCCAUAAAUUUCUGAAAUGACGCCGGUAUGCUGAGCAUCCAGAAUAUCAAAAAGUCACGUUAAGGUCAACCACAUUUUUGUGUCGCCUGCAAAGUAAAGGUAACAAAAGACAGAGAUAGCUCUACCAGUGUUGACACCUGCACCGAUGGUUUCUUUUCUUAAAACUUUCUACACAUACAUAAAGUAUCAAUCAUGCGCACUCAUAUUCAGCUUUGAACCAAAUCUGAAAAUCAACAUGGCUGCCAGUAGCCAUUUUGGAUUUUGUAAAAUGUCACAUGGUGACCGUAUGAUAAUUAACCCUUAAAGAAAUGCUUUGAUUUUAUUAACCUUUCAACACAUGCCUACACUAUCAGUUACCUGCUCAAGUUAGAUUUUGACCAGUGGAGGCAGGCGACACAUCCAUAUUCAUGAAAUGUUUGUUAAAUUCUAGUGUUAGUUCCAAACCUGAUAAGUGUAUAGACUAUAAGUCAUAUUUACUGUACAUUGUUUUGUUGGGUAUAUUAUUUUGUUGACCUCCUUUUACAUUUCAUUGCCAAUUUUAUCUAACUGGCAAAAUGAGCCACAUAAGAGACUAUGUGUUUUUAAAGGGACCUUUAAAGAAUUGUUCAUAUACUUAUAUGAAAUUUGGUGAAUGGAAGCAUUUUCCUGCUAUAGUAAAAGUAUAAGGUUGUGAUAAAACAUGAUUUUUUUUCUGUACAGCAUUAGAAUCAGUGGAAUCUUUUAUUCAAGCUAUGAUAUUUUAAAACUUUUCUUCAGCUUGUGUAUUCGUUGUAUUUUUCACAGUUGAACAAGUAUGUGAAAUUCCCAAACAUCUUCAGUGAAGUAAGAUUAAACCCUAAUAUGUUGGCCCUGCCAAACUUGGGCCUUGUGAUAAUAAAGUGAGUGUGACAGUCAGUUUACUUUGUUGUGAGAGUGGUGUAACAUAGGAUGUCUAUCUUGGUCAUCAACAACAAUCAUUGUCUCCUAUAUGAGCCAUAAUGUUUUUUUAGUGUAGAGUUUUUAUAGAUGUACACAAAACAUGUUUUAUCUGUUGAUUUUUUUAUUAUCAUUUACACUUAAUCCUGCUGUCACAUUGUGGCUCCAGUCUACAGGUAACCAUUACAUAUGUAACAGAUUCUGGUCUCUAGAAAGAUCCUACUGAUGUCUUUGUUUUUACACAUGGUUGAUAUUUCAUGUGAUAUGACUUAAGAUACCUAUCACAUUAUGGAAGUAUUCUCAAGUUUUGCAUUUGACAAGGUUUAUCAUAAGAUCACAACCACUCUGUAUCUCGUAAAGUUUUGCCAAGCAUCUCAAUUCUUUCAGCAUUAUGAUUUGCUGUGUGUCCAUCAUUUCAGCAUCAUGUAUGAUUUGCCAGUCAUCUGUAUCAUUUCGCCAAUGAGUGCGGGUAACUGACAGUAAGCUGGUGACCUUGACCUGCUGAGUGUAAGCUACCAACUGAGUUUCUGACAGUUAGCUGGUGACCUUGACCUGCUGAGUGUAAGCUACCAACUAAGUUUCUGACAGUAAGCUGCUGACCUUGACCUGGGCUACUGACUGUGAGAGGCAGCUGGUGACUGUGAGCUGUUGACUCUGAGUGACUGAAACUUAAUGACUAACAGUGAGCUGUAAGGUAAUGAGUAUGAGCUCCUGAAGAUAUUUUACUUGGUACAAAGUCAUAACCAAUCUUACAAUAUUUGUACUACUGACUGUGAGAGGCCGCUGGUGACUAUGAGAUGUUGGCCAUGACUGUAAGCUAUUGAGUCUGAGCUACUGACUGUGAGAGGCUGCUGGUGACUGUGAGCUGUUGACUCUGAGUGACUGAGGGUGAGCUGUUGGCCAUGACUGUAAGCUAUUGAGUCUGAGCUACUGACUGCGAGAGGCUGCUGGUCACUGUGAGCUGUCGACUGUGAGCUGUUGACUGUGAGCUGUUGACUCUGAGUGACUGAGGGUGAGCUGUUGGCCAAGACUGUAAGCUAUUGAGUCUGAGCUACUGACUGUGAGAGGCAGCUGGUGACUGUGAGCUGUUGACUCUGAGUGACUGAGGGUGAGCUGUUGAUCAUGACUGUAAGCUAUUGAGUCCGAGCUACUGACUGCGAGAGGCUGCUGGUCACUGUGAGCUGUUGACUCCGAGUGACUGAGGGUGAGCUGUUGGCCAUGACUAAGCUAUUGAGUCUGAGCUACUGACUGUGAGAGGCUGCUG